GGGGGGACGCCGCGAGAGCCGGCUCGCCUCGCGCCAUGGACUGGCAGCCGGACGAGCAGGGCCUGCAACAGGUCCUGCAGCUGCUCAAAGAUUCGCAGUCGCCCAACACGGCCACGCAGCGCAUCGUGCAGGAUAAACUCAAACAGCUCAACCAGUUCCCUGACUUCAACAACUACCUGAUCUUCGUGCUAACCCGGCUCAAGUCGGAAGAUGAGCCCACGCGCUCCCUCAGCGGCCUCAUCCUGAAAAACAAUGUGAAGGCCCACUACCAGAGCUUCCCGCCGCCCGUGGCUGACUUCAUCAAGCAGGAGUGCCUCAACAACAUUGGCGAUGCCUCCUCGCUCAUCCGCGCCACCAUUGGCAUUCUCAUCACCACCAUCGCUUCCAAGGGCGAGCUGCAGAUGUGGCCGGAGCUGCUGCCCCAGUUGUGCAACCUGCUGAACUCGGAGGAUUACAACACGUGCGAGGGUGCCUUCGGAGCCCUGCAGAAGAUCUGUGAAGACUCCUCGGAGCUCCUGGACAGCGACGCGCUCAACAGGCCCCUCAACAUCAUGAUCCCCAAGUUCCUGCAGUUCUUCAAGCACUGUAGCCCCAAGAUUCGGUCGCACGCCAUAGCCUGUGUGAACCAGUUCAUCAUGGACCGGGCCCAGGCACUGAUGGACAACAUAGACACGUUCAUUGAGCACCUUUUCGCCCUGGCUGUGGACGACGACCCUGAGGUGCGGAAGAACGUGUGCCGCGCGCUCGUGAUGCUCCUGGAAGUGCGGAUCGACCGGCUGAUCCCCCAUAUGCAUAGCAUCAUCCAGUACAUGCUGCAGAGGACCCAAGACCAUGACGAGAACGUAGCCCUGGAGGCCUGCGAGUUCUGGCUGACGCUGGCCGAGCAGCCCAUCUGCAAAGAGGUCCUGGCCUCGCAUCUGGUCCAGCUGAUCCCUAUUCUGGUGAACGGCAUGAAGUACUCGGAAAUCGACAUCAUCCUGCUCAAGGGGGACGUGGAGGAGGACGAGGCCGUGCCGGACAGCGAGCAGGACAUCAAACCACGAUUCCACAAGUCGCGCACCGUGACGCUGCCCCACGAGGCAGAGAGGCCCGACGCUUCGGAGGACGCGGAAGACGACGACGACGACGACGCCCUGUCUGACUGGAACCUGAGGAAGUGCUCGGCGGCCGCGCUGGAUGUCCUGGCCAACGUGUUCCGGGAGGAGCUGCUACCCCACCUGCUGCCGCUGCUCAAGGGCCUGCUGUUCCACCCCGAGUGGGUGGUCAAGGAGUCGGGCAUCCUGGUGCUGGGCGCCAUCGCCGAGGGCUGCAUGCAGGGCAUGGUGCCCUACCUGCCCGAGCUGAUCCCGCACCUCAUCCAGUGCCUGUCGGAUAAGAAGGCCCUGGUGCGAUCCAUCGCCUGCUGGACGCUGAGCCGCUACGCACACUGGGUCGUGAGCCAGCCGCCGGACAUGCACCUCAAGCCCCUGAUGACUGAGCUGCUGCAGCGCAUCCUGGACGGCAACAAGAGGGUGCAGGAGGCAGCCUGCAGUGCCUUCGCUACCCUGGAGGAGGAGGCCUGCACGGAGCUGGUGCCUUACCUCAGCUACAUCCUGGACACCCUUGUCUUUGCCUUCGGCAAGUACCAGCACAAAAACCUGCUCAUCCUCUAUGACGCCAUCGGCACCCUGGCCGACUCCGUGGGCCACCACCUCAACCAGCCGGAGUAUAUCCAGAAGCUGAUGCCCCCACUGAUUCAGAAGUGGAAUGAGCUCAAGGAUGAAGAUAAGGACCUCUUUCCCCUGCUGGAGUGCCUGUCGUCGGUGGCCACUGCCCUGCAGAGUGGCUUCCUGCCCUACUGUGAGCCCGUCUACCAGCGCUGCGUCACCCUGGUGCAGAAGACGCUGGCCCAGGCCAUGAUGUACACCCAGCACCCAGAGCAGUACGAGGCCCCAGACAAAGACUUCAUGAUCGUGGCACUGGACCUGCUGAGCGGCCUGGCCGAGGGCCUGGGCGGCCACGUGGAGCAGCUGGUGGCCCGCAGCAAUAUCAUGACGCUGCUGUUCCAAUGCAUGCAGGACUCGAUGCCCGAGGUGCGGCAGAGUUCUUUUGCCCUGCUGGGAGACCUCACCAAGGCCUGCUUCAUUCACGUCAAGCCCUGCAUCGCGGAGUUCAUGCCCAUCCUGGGCACUAACCUGAACCCUGAGUUCAUCUCAGUCUGCAACAAUGCCACGUGGGCCAUUGGCGAGAUCUGCAUGCAGAUGGGCGCGGAGAUGCAGCCCUAUGUCCAGAUGGUCCUCAACAACCUGGUGGAGAUCAUCAACCGACCCAACACGCCCAAGACGUUGCUGGAGAACACAGCCAUCACCAUCGGCCGCCUGGGCUACGUGUGCCCGCAGGAGGUGGCCCCCAUGCUGCAGCAGUUUAUCCGGCCAUGGUGCACGUCGCUGAGAAACAUCCGGGACAACGAGGAGAAGGACUCCGCCUUCCGCGGCAUCUGUGUCAUGAUCGGAGUCAACCCCGGCGGCGUGGUGCAGGACUUUAUUUUCUUCUGCGACGCUGUAGCGUCCUGGGUGAGUCCGAAGGAUGACCUCCGGGACAUGUUUUAUAAGAUUCUCCACGGCUUCAAAGACCAAGUCGGGGAGGACAACUGGCAGCAGUUCUCGGAGCAGUUCCCGCCGCUGCUCAAGGAGCGGCUGGCGGCCUUCUAUGGCGUCUAGGCGAGAGCAGGGACUGCCAGGUGUCUGUCAGCCUCGUCCUCUGAGGGAUUGCUGGGGAGCGCGCUGAGUCCGGAAGUCGCCGUGCCCUGGUCGAGGGGGGUUAGGGAGGAGCGAGCGGGACCCACAUCCACACGCCGCCCCGUUGUGUCGGUUCACGUUCACCGGCCCCGCCGGGCCUGCCCGGCUGCCAUGGGGGCAGGUGGGGGGCUUCCACGCUCAUCCUACGGAGGGGAGGGGGGUGGGACUUCGGCCUCUACAGGCAGGGUCAUCUCAGGCAGUCCACUGGGGCCAGCCGCGAGGGAGGAGGGGAGGAAGCCACACGGGCGGGCCGGCCGCAGCCGGCUCUCCUAGGAGGUGGAGGGGGCCCGUGGGGUCGCGCCCCCUCGCACGCGC